ACGGCGGCAAGCUUCGUCCUCAUCGAGAGCAAGCAGAUCUCAACGUGAGACUGCUUCAUCGGUCGGCGGCGUGCGCCGUUUGUUGUCUGUGCGGUGCGGUGUGCGCUGCGCUGCGGUUGUCGCGCUUCUUCCUCCUGACUUGGUUGGUUGCGGCCGCCAUACCCUAUCUCUGUUUGUCGUCCGGCGCACGUGCGGUAGGCAACCAUGGGAAAGGAGAAGUCACAUAUCAACAUCGUGGUCAUCGGCCAUGUCGACUCCGGCAAGUCGACGACCACGGGCCAUCUCAUCUAUAAGUUGGGUGGCAUUGACAAGCGUGAGGCGGCGAGCUUCACGUCCCAGGUGAUCAUCAUGAACCACCCUGGGCAGAUCGGUAACGGGUAUGCGCCGGUGCUGGAUUGCCACACGUGUCACAUCGCGGUUAAGUUUGCGGAGCUGGUGGUGAAGAUCGAUCGGCGAACGGGCAAGGAGCUGGAGAAGGAGCCCAAGUUCCUGAAGAACGGAGACGCUGGUUUCGUGAAGAUGGUUCCAACGAAACCGAUGUGUGUUGAGACCUUCGCCCAGUAUCCCCCUCUGGGUCGUUUCGCCGUGCGUGACAUGAGGCAGACGGUGGCCGUCGGCGUGAUCAAGGCCGUGGAGAAGAAGGAGAAGGAAGGCAAGGUGACGAAGGCUGCCAUGAAGAAGGGAGGAAAGUGAGCUGGGAGCUUGUCUCCUCUUCAUGUGGAAUGGGUGCUGGAUUCUGACCUGUUUCUACUGUUAGAAGGAUCCCGUCAUCUGGGUGCCGCAAUUACGUAUGAUUUUCUGAGUCACGUAGAGGCAGCUUUAGCAGCUAACGAUGGUUUCGCCGGCGGUUUGGCUGAAGACAGUGCAGACGCGGGAGUGUUGGGUAGGACGUGUAGUUCUCCGGUUUUAGGUGACGUCAAUGUUUCUAAGAAAGUUUUCGAGGUUGAGGGAGUGGUCGUUUCGGUGUCUUGCGGAUGAUGCUAGGUCAAAGAAAAUCCUCUGUCGAGGUAUUUCUCCGUUUCAUCUUGGAGCUAUGUGCGGUGUUUGUUCGGUCAAUAUGAUGAUCGGAUGGUAUAGCUUGACGUGACAGACCUGGGUACCCGAUAGGCGAUGGCGUGGGUAGUGAAUUCUCGUGAGUUCUCAGCUCUUUUCUUCGAGAUUUAAUUAUUCUUUUGCGGAGUGGUGAGUAGCCUGUUGAGUUUUUAUAUCGCUAGUGUUUCGACCGAAAGAUUACGAGAAUGUUUUUUUUUUGCCUUGUUGCAGAGUUCUAUGGCAGAGGGAAACAAUUUGGAGGUUUGAGUUGAUGAUGAUUGCUUGCCCCUUGCUUACGGCAGUCUGAUGCGGGUAAUGGGUUCGUGUUGAUGAUGAUUGCUUACCCCUUGCUUAGGGCAGUCUGAUGCGGGUAAUGGGUUCGUGAUCGACCCUUCGUUCUUUUCCCUCACAUCGUGCUGAUCCCUGGUGUCAAUUUCCCCUCUUGAGCAUACGGCACUCAUGGCCGGUUUUGAUACUCCCCGCCGGUUGUACGUAUUGCAUCUUGCAAUUCUGUUUUGUGCUGUCCCUUCGCUGCAGGCCCCCUCUUUUGCAUGUGGAAGUAUUUCUGGUGGCGGUUGCACCUCCCUCUCCCAGCCCUGUUUUUGCAAAUCCCUCGACAUUUCUGUCGCAAGUGUAGAGCAUUCUGCAGUCUUGAUGAAUGAUGUGAAACUUCUCCUCCCCUCCUCAUCUCCGUUGUACACAUUGCUUUUUGUGACCCCGUUUUUCCCUCUGCUUCAACGGUCUCCCUUGGUUGUCUAAAGCAUCUUGUGAUCCUUCGUGCCUGCCGUCUAUUGCAUUCCCUUAGUGUUCCCCUGCCUGUCAUCGUCCGCUUGUAACUCGUCUUGGAACCCUCCUCGAUGCUCCCCACCGAUGACCUUCGCGUCUUGUGUGGAGUUGCCGCCUUUAAACGGGUUCCAUCCUCCUUUCUGCAAGCGUUGCAUUUGGGAAGUGACGAGACGUUCCGCUGAAGCUCAGAUGUGAUUGCUUGGGUCGGGAGUCUCUACGUUUUAAGAGUAGGUAGCCUAACAUGUUUGGCAGGAAGUCUCUAGCAGUAGGACAUGGUUUGGCGGGAAGUCUCGAGUAGCAGGCCAUGGUUUGGCGGGAAGUCUCUAUCAGUAGGCGGUUGGACUGUCGUCUUUUCGCGAACAGAACUCCCGGUCAUUAUAGCUGUUUGGGUCGGGAGUCGUUUGUGUGCCAGACUGAAUUUGCCAGUAGGUAGCGUAACCUGUUUGGCGGCAAGUAGUAGUAGACCAUGGUUUGGCGGGAAGUCUGGCGUAGUAAGCGGUUGGACUGCCGUCUUAACCUGAAUAGAAUCCCCGGUCAUUAUAGCCGUACUUCGUACAAUUUCAGUCUUGAUACGGCGAUGAUGACCGGGCGUUGUAUGCGGGUGAAGGCGGUAGUAGCAUUUCCGCACUCGCAAAUCCUGUUCGGUGGAGGAGCAAAGUUGCUCAUGGGUGAUGUUGACGGGAAACAGGUCUGUGCAACUGUGAAGUAGCGUUUUCUGCAUCCGUCUAUUAUGCGUAAACUGGAAGUUUUAUGUCCCGAAAUUCAGAUGCUGACUGUUGUCUUGUUGUUGUGAAAAACGAGCAAAGAAAACAUGCUCACUGUCGUCUGAUUGAUGGAAUAUGGAAGGCCUACAUCCAGUUUGUAAAGAG